AUGGCUGCUAAUGCCAUUUUCACUUCCGUCAAGACAAAACUUGGAGGUUACGUGACGUGUUUGCUUGAGAGACAAAAGCAUGGCUUGACCAUCACUGCUACAGAUGGUAGCUUAGCUUUCUAUCGCAAAAUGUCGAGGGAAGAGAUUGAGUCUUGCAAGCUCAAUCAUGUCAAGAUGUCUGGCUCAGACUGGCACGACUUAUUUUGGAAAGCCAUGUGUCAUGAUGCCACGGAGGACAUGCUCGUGGAAGCAGCCGUCGAAGAAGGACACAUUCAAUUUGUGCUCCUCGAUCGCUCGGCAGACUCGAGGAUCAAGAUGGCAGCAUUCACUGUUGACCAGGCUUCCAUUGAGAUUGAUCUUCAAGACUGGCUUCAUCAGUCCACACAAAGUCUCGAUCAACGACGACAGGCACUGCUUGCCAAGGAGAAGCAAUUACUCGAAGCGCAAGAGGCUCUCAAGCAGUGCCGUAGGGAAGCAGCGAGCCAAGCAGACGCAUUUGCCCAGCAAAGUACGAGAACCUUGGAACUGACAUGUCUCCUGCUCAAUGCGAAGAAGGACAAGAUCAAGGAGCUCUCUGGUGCUGGUAAGGCCCCUGGCACGGGUCAGAAGCGGGCCAAGGUGGAAAGCCCUACUGAAGCGAUAGAUUUGAAGGAGGAGGAGGGCAAUGAUGUGGAAGAGAUGUCUGAUAUGCAGAGGACGCCGAGUCACGACGAUGAUGCCACGACGGAUGGCACAACAGAUGGCGAGUAG